UUCCUCGCGCACGCGUACUCGUGCACGCGCGCACUGCAGGACCUGUGCAGUAAAGGGCUGCUGUGGCCGGGUCAGGAGGAACCCAGUGAGGCGCCUGCCGCGGUCCUUCUGGAAAGAAAGCAGAUUUAUAGAUUCAAUAUGCUGACAGUGAAUAAGACAUUGGGGGUUCUUUGUAGAUUGCCCAAAUGGCAAAUACAUGGAUUUUUAAGAAGUUUUACUUUUCGUCCUGGGAAACAGUUUCUUCAUAAGCUGGUAUUAGGAAUUGAAACCAGUUGUGAUGAUACAGCAGCUGCUGUGGUGGAUGAAACUGGCAGUAUCCUAGGAGAAGCAAUACACUCCCAAACUGAAGUUCACUUAAAAACAGGUGGGAUUAUUCCUUCAGUUGCACAGCAACUUCAUAGAGAAAACAUUGAACAAAUAGUGAAGAAAACUCUUUGUGCCAGUGGAGUCACCCCAAAUGAACUCUCAGCAGUUGCAACUACUGUAAAACCAGGACUUGCUCUAAGCCUGGGAGUAGGCUUGGAGUAUAGCUUACAACUAGUAAACCAGUACAAGAAGCCUUUCAUUCCUAUUCAUCACAUGGAAGCACAUGCACUUACUAUUAGAAUAACUAAUAAAGUGGAUUUUCCUUUCUUAGUUCUUUUGGUCUCUGGGGGUCACUGUUUACUGGCCAUAGUUCAAGGUAUUUCAGAUUUUCUUCUGCUCGGAAAAUCAUUAGAUAUGGCACCGGGUGACUUGCUUGACAAGGUAGCAAGAAGACUUUCUCUAAUAAAACACCCAGCAUACUCCACCAUGAGUGGUGGCAAGGCUAUAGAACAUUUAGCCAAACAAGGAAAUAGAUUACAUUUUGAUUUUCAACAUCCCCUGCAUUACUGUAGAAAUUGCAAUUUUUCUUUUUCUGGACUUCAGACUGCUGUUGAUAAAAUAAUAACACAAAAGGAAAAAGAGGAAGGGGUUGAGAAGGGACAUAUUUUGUCCUGUGCUGCUGAUAUUGCUGCUGCAGUACAGCACACAGUAGCAAGCCACAUUGCUAAACGAACCCAUCGUGCUAUUCUGUUUUGCCAACAAAGAGGUUUCCUAACUCCUUCUAAUGCUAUAUUGGUUGUAUCUGGAGGUGUUGCAAGUAACUUAUAUAUUCGAAGGACUUUGGAAAUUGUAACAAGAGCAACAAAUUGUGUUUUAUUAUGUCCUCCUGUCAAACUUUGCACAGAUAAUGGAAUUAUGAUUGCAUGGAAUGGUGUUGAGAGAUUGCGUGCAGGACUGGGCAUAUUAUACAACACAGAAGGUCUCCGAUAUGAACCAAAAUAAUAAAGGCUACCUUACAACUAGAUACAUGUCUGUGUUGGUGGGCCUAAGCCCUGUUAGAUGAGGGAGUGGACUAUUUCGAGAAUGUUCUUCACCUAAUGCCCAAGGUAGUUAUAAUAUGAAUGAAUGAAUGAAUGAAUACUUAUGAAGUGCUUACCAUAUGCCAAGCAUUAGGGAUACAGAUAGAAAAGUAAGAUAGAUUUUGUUCUCAGGGAGCUCAUAUUCUAAAAGGAGUAACAUUUUAAAAAGACAGUUCAUCUAUCUGCAAGUCUCUUAUAAAUACUGGAUGGAAAUACCCAGUGGUCCUUAGGUGGCAGCAGCAAGGCAGAUGGUAAUGCAUCUUUACUGUCAUUUCUGUUGAUAAAAUGAUAUCCAUUUCUGAAAUUAAGCCAUUUAACAGUGCUAAAAACUUUGAGGGCCAGCAUCUUCUUUACCAGGUCUUUAAUAAUUGGGGCUUUUGAGGAAGAGGGGCCUGCAGCUCCCAUUGCUGGGUCAAAUCUGUACAGGGCAUUGUUCCCCUACACAACGGCAGUAGGCCAGGCUGGAAGCUAGGCUGGGAGGUGCUAUUAUUCUUGGGGCUUAUGUGCUCAGUGUUGGGCUUCCCCCCACCAGCAUCUGAGUGGAGGUGAUGGUUGAUGUGGUGGCAGUGGUUUGGUAUUCCUGGCAUUCCACCUGCUUAUUACUUCAUCAGAGCAUGUUGCUGCUGUUCUAGAAUGUACCAAAUCCAAUUUAUUUACUCUUACAUGAAAGGUUGCAAAUCUGACAUUUUAUGUGAUCAGAUAAAAGUAAAUGAACUAACAGGGUGGUUCAGUCUGUAACAAAGUUACUUCUUUAGGCCUAAAAUUUUAAAUAGUAGUCAUUAUUACAACUAGUGAUAUGGUUUUACCUAAUACAGAAAAUAUUAAAGUGGCUAAAUGAAGUUUCCUUUUGCAUAUGAAGAUGGCACUCACUUCUAAGUUUUCACAGUACUGAUAGGUUUACAUCGAUCUGGUCACAUUUUAUCAAACAGUCUUUUCCCCAUCCUGUUGACCACCAUGAUCAGUGGCAUAUAGUUUUAAGAGGUGAAAAUUUGGGGUACAAUCUGGGGCUGUAAAACAUGUUGUUUUUCUAAUUGUGGUUAAAAUGACCUCUCUUGAAGGCUCACAAUUGUGUGUUUUUAGAAUUGUGAUCCUAAAUCAUCUGUACAGUAUUAGCAAAAAGUCAUCCAUUUUCUUUGGAAAUGGAAAAAAUUAUGAGUGAAAACAUAUAAAGAGUAUUCAUAAAGUCCUUAUAUACUUUUAAACAGUAAUAUGGGUUGUAGACUUGCUACAGCAUACAUGUGUAUAUAGGCAGCUAGAUGGUGUAGUGAAUAGAGUGCCUGACUUAGAGUCAGGA